GUGAGGGGGCGGAGCCUAGAGACGAUAAUUAGGGUUCAGUGUCAUUUCCCCUCUUGUCAGAGAGCAAACCCACCUAACCAAUGGUGACCCCCUCAGGCCGAGGGAUUCUCCUGAGCUCCGUAACAAGGCACCCAAUAGAGGCCCUCUCUUAAGGCAUCCUGGAGACCGCCAGCCUGUAGACCUUCCUAGGUGACCUCUGAUCCCCGGUGUUGAUCUUAGUGCAGCCCCUGGGUGGGCCGAGGGGGCGGCCAUGGAGCUAGGGAGCUGCUUCAAGACCUACGAGGACUUCAAGGAGUGCUUCAGCGCCUACAAAAAGGAGAAUAAGUGUUCCUUCAUUCUCAGGGACUGCGUCUCCGUCCGGUACCACAACCUCAACCAUGGCACCUGUAUCCGCGAGGACAUCCUAUAUGUGCAGGUGAAAUUUGUCUGUAUUCGGACCCAGUCAAACAGGAAGAGAGCAACAGAGGCAGACAUGUGCCCGGCAUACUUGCUCCUGCGGUAUAAUGAGAAACUGGAUAGACUACUCGUCAGUGAACUCAACACACAGCACAUACACAUUGACUCCAAAGCCAUGGGUCCUAGAGGAGACGCCACUGGCAAAUCUCAGAAGAAACUCCAGUCUGCACAGCCCGCGAUCAACAAAGACCUCGGCACAGCUGCGAAGUCCCCGAGUGAACCAUCGUUUUGCUUAGACAAGGUCCAAAUACCCACCAAGCCAGAGCAGGAGGGCAUCACUCCUUCUGACCUGGCCAAGAUAGCCAAAGUGAUGAAGAACUUUCUUAAGGUGGACGUGGGUUCCAUGGCCUCCUUCAGCGUGGGCAGCAGCCAAGACCUGGACCGGCUCAGCUUCCAGAGCAGCAAGAUGAGUGAUCUGUUUGUCCGCUUCCCAGAGAAUCUCUUGCUGCACCGGGUGGAGAACGUCCAGGGCCACAUCCUCUACACUUUCCUGGUGGAGAGCAAGGAACGAGAGGGACGGGUGGUGCACUUCGCGGUGCUCAAGGCUGAGACAGCCACCUCCGUGGCCAAGAUGCUGAGCAUCUUUACAGAGUUCAACUCAGAUUGGCCCAAGGUCAAGGUGGUCUUCGUGGACCCGUCCUUCCCUCACCGAGCCGUCCUACAGGAGGUCUUCCCUGGUGCCCGCACCCUCCUCUCCAUCUAUCACACGACCCGGCUCUUGGAGAAGAAGCUGCAUCGUAGUUCCGCAGAUCCAUCCUUUAAACGGCUCAUGAAGGAAGCCCUGCGGGAGGCCGUGUUUGUCACCUCUGAGACCAGCCUGCAAAAUCUCUGCCAGAUGUCUCGGGCCCUGCUCGAUGAGCAGCUCUUCAGCUUCCUGCAGGCCCACUGGUUCUCCUGUGAACUGCUGUGGUACAUGCACGUCAGGAAGGGUCUGCAUGCCUGCAGCACCUACAUGGACAGCCUGGACAUCGUCACCAGCAAGGUGUCGAGCCUCUUCCGGGAGCAGCAGUCCCUGCUGGACUGCAUCCUCCGCUUCGUGGAUUACAUAGACUUCUUUAACACCAAAGGCGUGAAGAACUUGCCCACCGCUCCCCCCAAGUUAAAGAGAGCCCGGUCAGCAAGCACGGCCCCCAAGUCCAAGAAGCCUUCCGGCCUCUGCAGAGGGAGCCUCAGCAGGCCCCCCGUGCAGGAGGCCAAGCCAGAGCAGGUGCAGGGGCCGCCGCAGCAGCCUCCCCCGGGGCAGCCCUCGCAGGGCGGCAUGCUGGCUUCCUUACGCCACAGCAGCUCUGACCUGGCCUACAAGCUGUGCCACAAUGAGUGGGCGGUGGUGCAGAGCUCCACGCACCUGGUGGACGUGGCCGGCUACGCCGUGGACGUGCAGCUGCUCGAGGACUCCCACCAGGUGAGCAAAGACGGCCGCAGCUGCAGCUGCUCCUUCCAGCAGCGGUACCACCUGCCGUGCCGGCACAUCCUGGCGCUGCUACACACCAGCCAGAGGCCGGUGAGUGAAGCCAUGGUGUGCCGCCGGUGGCAGAAGAGGUACCAGCACCUCCUUGGGCCCAGCGGGGAGCUCCGGGACCCCAUUCUGAUCCUGGCGGAUGCAGGCCAGCCAGGGGAGCCGGGACGGAACGACAUGAUUCAGGAACUAAGCAGGGAACUUGCAAACCUGCUGAUGCAGAGUGAGGGACCAGAGCUGGAGGAGCGCUGCUCCACGCUGCGCAAGAUCGUGGACAUCUGGGCGGCCCCGCGCCAGCCUCCUGAGCCCAGUCACCAGCCGGGGGACUUCAGGGAUGUGGGCCGCCUCCCUUUCCUCUGGGGAAAGCAGGAGGAAGGGGAGGGACUGGAUCCCGCCGGUACCACCAUCCAUGGUUGAAGCACUUGCACUGGCACACUAGGCCGCCAGCCCCUCUCCCUAGCAGUCUGAGAGCUCAAAGCAGGCAGGACAUGCUCGGGAUCAGCGUUUUAACCAGCGUCUUUCUAGGUAGGGUUAGGAAAAUGGUUCCAAGAGAAAGAAGAGGAACCCUACUGGGUGACAGUCCUUUGAAUCUGCCCCAUUUCUGCCCUGGCUUUGGUUUUCCUAGAGAACCUCAUUCAUUGUUCAAGGCCAAAGUUAUCUCCAUGCAGAAAGGUCAUUCCUCUUUCUCCCUCAACCCCUGAGAUCAGAUCUUAUUCACUUUACAGAGAUGAAACCCAGCCCCAGGAUAGGGGGAGAUAAAACGGACCAGGUUUCAGGGACUAAAGGGAAGGAGGGUGCUACUUGGCUGUUGCUGCUCUUUACAAAGAAUUUAU